UCCAUAACAAUUGAGACACCACAAAGGUACAAUAUUAAUCCAAGAACUCCAUAGACCGAUAGACCUUAAGUAGACAUACAGCAAGCUGAAGCUGAAGUGAUUGAAGCUAAGCAACGGUUCAAAAUUCAAACUUCCCCGCCUUCAAAAAACCAAAAUAAUUCCCCUUGCCUUGAAAAUCCGCACACCAAUAAUCCCCCAUCUCUUUCAAUAUUUUAUUCAUUUCGUUUUUGUAUUUCCCCCUUUUUUAUUUCAUUCUUCCAAAAUUUCCGACAAUUUCCCGCUUCAAUCCGUUCACUCUCUCUCUCCUCUAAUAUUAUAAACCCUUCUCUUUCAAUUCUCCUCAUUUCUUCUUCGCCGCCACCUCACUUUCUCUCUCAUCAAUCAACAAUGCCGAAGCGUAAGUCAAUCAGGAAGAAGCCUUCGUCUUCUUCAUCGUCUGCUUCAGGUUGUUCGAAGAGUAAGAAGCAGAAGGUUGUGGAGGUGGUUGAGAAGGUAGAAGAGGUUGUUAACGAUGUCAAAACUGAGAGUUCUGAGGUCAGCAUUCCGGUAGAUGAAGAGGUGGAAGCGGGGGUUGAAGAGAUUGUUGAAUCUCCGACGAAUUCUGGCCGGAAAAAUUCUCGGAAAUUGGUUAAGAAAGAGGAGUUGGAUUGCAGAUUCCUCGGAGAUCCGGUUCCCGCCGAUGAAGCGAAGCUUCGUUGGCCUCAUCGUUAUUCUGCUAAGGUCGAACAAGGAGCAAAGAAAUCGAAAACUUCUGACGAUGAUGAUGAGGAGCUAAUUCCAGCAAAGUGUCACUACUUUAAGGCUGAGGUUGAUGGUUUCAAGAUUUUUGAGUUGAAUGAUAACGCUCACGUUCAGUCCGAAGAUGGUAAACCACCAUACAUCUGUAAGAUUCUUGAAAUGUUCGAGGGAGUUGAUGGCUUGCCGUAUUUCAGGGCACAAUGGUAUUACAGAUCAGUAGACACUGUUAUGAAAGAGAGUAUUACUCUAAGGGAGGCAAAGCGUGUGUUUGCUUCGGAAAUCAUGGAUGAUAAUCCGUUGGACUGUCUUCUUGAAAAAAUUAACAUUGUUAGGGUUACUCCCAAUUUAGAUGUUGAUUCAAAAUUGUCAGCAAUUCCAGAUUGUGAUUACUAUUAUGACAUGAAAUACUUGCUACCCUACUCCACAUAUAUAAUACCACCAGCUGAAACUGCUAGUCCUGGAAGUGAAUCACAAUCUACUAUUUCAAGUGAUAAGGAGGUUAAUGGAGCAGUUGGUGAUGCAAAGUCUGAUUCUGAUGAGGCUCCUCAAGGGAAUGAGUCAAGCAAUUCAGAAAUAACUGUAUUAGAUCUUUACUGUGGUUGUGGUGCAAUGUCCACUGGUUUAUGCCUGGGUGCUAACUUGCAUGGGUCUAACCUUGUAACGAGGUGGGCCGUUGAUGUUAAUCAAUUUGCAUGUCAGAGUCUAGCACUCAAUCAUCCGGAAACCAAUGUGCGUAAUGAGUCUGUUGGUGACUUUUUGACCUUGCUUAAAGAGUGGCCGAAGAUAUGUGCAUCCUUUGGCUUGAUUCAAAGUGAAACAACACAUAAAAUAAUUGAUUCAGUGGUUGAGGAGGACGAUGACAAUGCUGAGGAUGAUGCCAAUGAAGAUGAUAAUCCAGAUGAAGAAGUAUUUGAAGUUGAAAAAGUUCUUGGGAUUUGUUAUGGUGAUCCCAAAGACUGUGAUAAACCGGGGCUUUACUUCAAGGUCCGUUGGAAGGGAUAUGGAGAGAAGGAUGACACCUGGGAACCUUUAGAGGGGCUAAGCAAUUGUCGUGAGAAGAUUGGAGAAUUUGUGAAGAAGGGCUAUAAGGAAAAAAUUCUGCCUUUCCCGGGUGAUGUUGAUGUUGUAUGUGGUGGACCUCCAUGCCAAGGCAUAAGUGGAUUCAAUCGGUUUAGAAACGCUGAAAAUCCACUUGCUGACCCUAAAAACGAACAGCUUGUAGUUUACAUGGAUGUUGUAAACUAUUUGAAGCCAAAAUAUGCACUGAUGGAGAACGUUGUUGACUUGGUUAAGUUCUCUAAGGGUUUUUUGGGGAGAUAUGCUCUUGGGAGGUUAGUUGAUAUGAAUUAUCAAGCAAGAAUGGGAAUGAUGGCUGCUGGUGCUUAUGGACUACCCCAGUUUCGUAUGCGUGUUUUUAUAUGGGGUGCUCAGCCUUCAGAGAAAUUGCCUCAAUAUCCAUUGCCAACACAUGACCUUGUUCUGAGAGGUGUUAUUCCAACUGAGUUUGAGAUAAAUACGGUUGCUUAUAAUGAGGGACAUACUGUUCAAUUAGAGAACAAACUUUUUCUUGGCGAUGCUAUCUCUGAUAUGCCGGAGGUAACCAAUGCUGAGAGUCGUGAUGAGAUACCAUAUAGCUGUCCUCCAAAAACAGAGUUCCAGCGCUUCAUUAGAAUGACAAAGGAUGCUAUGCUUGGUUCUAGAAAUGGCUCAGAGUUUAUAUCCAAACUCUAUGACCACCGGCCCCUUAACUUGAAUGUUGACGAUUACCAGAGGGUUUGUCGGAUUCCUAAGAAGAAGGGAGCAAACUUUCGAGAUCUACCAGGAGUGCGUGUUCGUUCUGAUAACAAGGUAGAAUGGGAUCCUGAUGUUGAGAGGGAAUAUUUACCCUCAAAGAAACCCUUGGUGCCAGAUUAUGCAAUGACCUUUGUUGGGGGGACAUCUUCCAAGCCAUUUGCAAGGCUAUGGUGGGAUGAGACAGUUCCUACUGUAGUUACAAGGGCAGAGCCCCAUAACCAAGCUGUGCUCCAUCCUGUACAAGACAGAGUACUGACCAUAAGAGAAAAUGCUCGACUACAAGGUUUUCCAGAUUAUUAUCAAUUGAAAGGCGGGGUUAAAGAUAGGUAUAUUCAAGUGGGUAAUGCGGUAGCAGUUCCCGUGGCUCGUGCAUUAGGUUAUUCUCUGGCGCUAGCAAUGGCGAGCGAGGGUUCUUUGGACGGGCCUGUGAUGACUUUGCCACCCAAGUUUACAAAUAUCCAUGACAGGGCAGCUUCUCCAAUCGUUGAAGACAAUUCCUGAUCAUUGUAUCAUAUAUUCAUAUGUACUAGUGUUAUAUAGUGAACUCUUUAUUAUUUGGGUCACAUUAGAAAUAGUAAGUUAUGUGUAGUGUACAAUUCAUUUAUUGGCUUGUACUAGAUACUACAUUAAUCAAAGCCAUUGAAUUCAUAUUGGCACCUGAUAAUUAGACUUUACAGUAAUAAAAAUUCAGCAUUGGCAACUGAUUGUAGUUGAA